CAACAAAAUCACAAAUAUUAAACUAAGAUUUAUAAAUCCUUUAGUUCGCCCAUCCAUGUAAUAGAUCACUAUUCGUUUGGUUUUUACUAUCUAGAUUUCAUAAAAUUGUUGUUCUCUCCUCUCCUCGUCGUUCCUUCUUAUCAAUUUCUUUCGACCUUUUUGUUAAUAGAUUUCUACCCAAAAAAUAAUUCGAUUGAUUUUUCUUACACAUGCAUCGAGUGUGCGAGUUGAAAAUUGAAGUUAUUAAGGAAUCAAGAGCUCGUUACAGGUGAUGAGUUAUUAAGGUUUCCAUCACCAAGGAUGACAAGCAAGCUUAAGAAGGCAAUAGCAGCAGUGAAGGAUCAAACCAGCAUUAGUCUUGCCAAGGUCUCAAAGAGCAAUUCCUCGAAUCUUGAAGUUGCGAUCCUCAAAGCCACCACGCAUGACGACGUCCCGAUGGAUGAACGAUACGUAAACGAAGUCCUAAAACUCAUCUCCUCCAACAAAAUUCAUGCUGCAGCCUGUGCUCGUGCAAUCGGGAAACGUAUAGGCCGCACCCACAGCUGGAUCGUCGCUAUAAAAUCAUUGAUGCUGGUCCUCCGGAUCUUCCAAGAUGGUGAUCCUUAUUUCCCGAGAGAGGUUCUCCACGCGAUGAAAAGGGGCGCCAAGAUUCUCAACCUCUCAAGCUUUCGAGACGAUUCAAACUCACAUCCAUGGGAUUUCACAUCCUUCGUGCGAACUUUUGCUCUUUAUCUCAACGAGCGCUUAGAUUGCUUCCUUACCGGAAAGCUGCAGAGGAGAUACACAUAUGAUGCCAAGGAGAGUCCAAUCUACCAACGCUCACAAAGCCGAAUAAUAAGGCCUAAUGAGCCUGCCUGUGAUGUAAAACCAGCAAUGUUGCUAGACAAAAUCUCAUAUUGGCAACUAUUGCUCGAACGAUCCAUCGCCACACGGCCGACAGGUGCAGCCAAGAUGAACCGGCUGGUGCAGAUAUCUCUUUACGCCAUAGUUCAAGAAAGUUUUGAGCUGUACAAAGACAUUUCCGAUGGGCUCACUCUCAUUCUAGACAGUUUUUACCAUUUACAGUUCCAGCAUUGUGUGAGCGCCUUUGAAUUAUGUGUCAAGGCUACAAAGCAGUUCAGAGAGCUAAGCGAUUUCUAUUCCUUGUGUAAGAGUAUAAAUGUCGGUAGGAGCUCCGAAUAUCCAACCGUGCAGACGAUAUCAGAAGAGUUGGUCGAGGCACUGCAAGAAUUCUUGAAGGAUCGGUCUUCAUUUCAAUCUAAUGCAAAGCCCACCAACCGGUUUCCGCUCCCCCCAUCUCCACCGUUGCGUGUCGAGCCUAGAUUAGGACCACAAGGUAACCGUAGACAGCAAGCCGCAUCCCCAAACACAACAGAUGGAUUGUUGGAAGACCUAAUAGAAGCCACAGAAACAACAACAUGCCCAGCUAUUUCCAUUGAUCUAGAGGCUUAUCCGGCAUCUCAACAAGACGACUCGUUCAGAGUAAGCGACGCACGCUCCACCCGAUCAUUGCCCGUGUCGAAUACAAUGAUGGACCUCAUAGCUGCAUGCGAUUGGUCCGAACAGCAAGACAAAGAGCAACAAGAGAAUCAGCACGAGCCAAAACAAGUAGGGUCGAUGGAUUCAUCAGCUGCCAAGAAUUGGGAGCUUGUCCUGGCUGAAACCUUAUCGUCAUCAGCCUCAUUACAAUCAAUCCCAGAAGACAACACCAAUCCAUGCCCAGACCAGACACCAUGGUUGGAGGAGAAUCAUUCAAGCAGUUCAUCCAACAGUCGGGACCUCGUCUUGUUAGAGCCCGCAAACUAUCAUUACAACCCAUUUCUGCAGAACCCAAUUCAAUCACCAGACACAUCAAGUCCCCCCACCUUUCAUGCGAUUCCUUCAUCCCCAGUGCAGAAUCCGAAUCAGACAUUAUUCGCAGCACAGAACGAGAACGAUCCUUUCGCUUCUCCCAGUGAACAUUGGUUGAGUAGAACCGUAGAUCAGCAACAUUUGCUGCAUGAACAACAGGUAUGGUUGACAAACCAACACAAGAUUAUAGCUAAACAUAUGACUUAGGUUAUUGUAGACAGCCAUGUAAUUGUAAUCUGUUCCUUUACACGGCUUCAGUUUUGCUUCUUCUUCUUCUAGUUUCAAUGCCGACAUCUUUUGUUCAAAUUGAUAUGACAUUUUGUAUUACACUUUACAUUUAAAUGAUAUGUCUAAAUAUUUCUCAAA